AACAAAUCAAUUUUAUAUUAUACAUACAUAUAUGUACAUACAUACAUAUAUAUAUAUUCUGUAUAUUUUUUGUUGCACUAUUUUUAAGUUGUACAUAAAUAAAUAGGUUAUUGUGUGAUUUAUUCCUCUUUAAUCUACUCUAAUUAUGAAAACGUUCAUUAAAUAAAUAAAAAAAUAAUUAUACAACUUUCAUUCAAUUUUACCCUAGUUUCUAAUUGUUUUCAUAGAGGUAAGUUACAUUUUGCAUGACAAAUAGGAAAGCGAUAUAGACAAUGGGGGUGUUAUUAUUGUUAAACUCUUGCAAUUAGAGAUCCACUUAAAAUAAUGCACGGUAUUAGAAAGUUUUGAUGUAUGUUUCAGAUACAUUUAUAAUACAUUGUAACAUUAAAUAUAUUUGUAUUAACACCUUCAUAAUAAAAGAAAGAUUAGCGAUUUGGAAAAUAGCAGUUUAGCGAGAAUAUUAUCACGAAAGUGUAUACCAUUAGAAAAAUUAGUUUUACAUAUUAUUUAGACCAAGAAAUAAUUAUUUUACCAACAUAAAUUAACAAGAUUUAUUUAAUUGAUCUUUUCUAUAAAACCGCUUUUGAAUUAGUUUUAACGGGCGACGCGAGCAAGGCUAUUUAACACACUUGCAGUUAUUCGAGAUACAAAUUAAACAUAAAAGAAUUUCUCAUUUCAAUAAUUAAAAAAUUGAUAACAUAAAAUAAAUAGCUAAAAGAAGGAAACAGAAAGUAAUCGUAACUGUGUUAUAAUUUUUAUAAUAAUUAUAACUCUUCAUUAACCGGUCGUCUGCAGCGAGUUCGGUAAAAGAAAGGAAACAAUAAUUAGUGGAACAAAUAAUUAGUGGAAAAAACGCGACUAAGUGCACUUUCCAAGUAACGGUUACGGCCCUUGCAUCGAUCGUCGAACGGUUUUCCAUCCGUUAGAGAUUAGCGUGGCCGUGAAACCAACAUGGUCGGCGAUUAUGAUCGGGAUCGCCGAGGCAGUCACGCCGCCGCGAUCUUUUCUUCCAUUUCUUCUUUACCUUCAACCACUUAAAAAUACGAGCGCGCUACUAUGAUUGCAGAAACACGUUUGUAUAUACGCGCGUGUAGGCGGAAUUUCUUGUGCUCUUCAGCGCUAGGUCGAUUUCACUUUUAAGUGACUCUUAUACGCGUCUGAUUAAUUGGAGCGAUUUGCUGCUUGCACACUUGCAUCUUCAAGAUUCUCAUGAAUUCCGAGAGAAGAAUAUGCUGCUAUACGAUUGAGUGUUAAGUUACUUAACAAAAUUUAUAAUUUUUGCAUUUAUUACAAAAAAUUGUUAUUUAUCUCUCUUAACCUUCGCUUAGAAUGGCUUUGGUUCUAAUUAACUACCUAUUUUUAUAUCCAUCUCUUUAUUUCGUUCUAAUAAUUAUUACUUUUAUUGCGGUUUUCCUUUCUUUUUUUACGUAUAAAUUCAUCUAUUGUAUUUGGAUAUCAGUUUUGCUUCACAUUGCUUUGACACACACACAAGAGAAGAGUAGAGAAGAAAGAUGCCGAGAGAAGAAUAUGCUGCUAUACGAUUGAGUGUUAAGUUACUUAACAAAAUUGAUAAUUUUUGCAUUUAUUACAAAAAAUUGUUAUAUAUCUCUCUUAACCCUCGCUUAGAAUGGCUGUGGUUCUAAUUAACUACCUAUUUUUAUAUCCAUCUCUUUAUUUCGUUCUAAUAAUGAUUACUUUUAUUGCGGUUUUCCUUUCUUUUUUUACGUAUAAAUUCAUCUAUUGUAUUUGGAUAUCAGUUUUGCUUCACAUUGCUUUGACACACACACAACAUAUAUAACAUAUUUUCUUCUAAUACCCUUUUCUAUACCUAUUUCGUCUCCUUCACAUUUACGUAAUAAUUAAAACGCACAUUUUCAUAAUAAUCCAAAAAUUCUUAACAAAAAUACAAUCACAUUUUUCUCAUUAUGUAAGUUUAUAUCAAAAGUAAAUAAUAUUUUGAAAUAAAUAUAUUAUGACAAUGUUGUAAUUAAUGCAUUUAGUUAAUGUCAGAUUUAAAGACUUGUAGUAAAUAACUACAGCAAACUACAGUAAAUAUAUAGAAAUUUGGUAAAAAUGUAAAAUAAUAUUUUUCUCUAAAUUGACCUAAAAAUGUGUAAGAAUUACAAGGAUAAAAAUCCCGUGUAAAAGAAUUGUUUCAUGAUAUUUUAGUACGAUAAAUACAAGUGAUUGUGAUGAAUGCACGUUGGGCGGAGUUUCAUGGAAUAUUUUGUGCAGAGAUUCGCCUCGCUAACUGCUGGUUGCACUAUAUAAACGUUGGUUUUAUAGCUACGCGAUGCUCAGAAGAUAUCUCUCGAUUGACCAAAGUGCUUCGAGAAAAGUUUUACAGAAACGGAUUGUGAGUGUUUCACAAUGAGGAACAAAUUUCUGUACACUGUCUUGUUUCUGAUAACCUUUGCAUUCAUCAUGGUACAUCAAUCAAUCGAAUCGAAGAAAGUGGUAAUACACGUCCCUUACCGAGUGAAAAAUGUGAAACAUACGCACACAAUCUAUAAAAUAAUUAAACAUCAUGGUCAUGGAAAACACAAAAGUGACGAAGAAUAUUACGAAGAUGAUUAUUAAAAAUAUGUAUCUUUUAUAGUUUAUAACAAUCAUUCAUGUGUAAACAAAGCAUAUCCAAAGAAUAGUUAUUAGAUUUUUAUUAAAUACAAUGCAUCCUGCGAUUUUCUGUCAUUUUAUAUUCUGUAGUGUAAUGUUAUUAUGUUUAUAAAUAAAUG